AGAGACAGAGAGAGAAAGAGAGGCAAAGAGAAAGAGAGACAGAGAGAGAGAGAGAGAAAGAGACACACAGAGAGGGAGAGAGAGAAAGAGAGAGAGAGAGAAAGAGAGAGAGAGAGAAAGAGAGAGAGAAAGAAAGAGAGAGAGAGAGAGAGAGAAAGAAAGAGAGAGAGAGAGAUAGAGAAAGAGAGAAAGAGAGAGAGAGAGAGAGAGAGAGAGAGAGAGAGAGAGAGAGAGAGAGAGAGAGACAGAGAGAGUUAGCGUCGCCCUAGGUUUUUCCCUGACUAUUAAAUUUAUUUUAAACUAAUUUAAAUUACGACUAUCAUAGGUUUUUUCACCUAAAUCACAAAACUAAAAAGGAUCAGGCUUAGUCCAAUUUGAUAAAAUUGAGAAUAAAAAUUACGGUGAUGGACAAAAUUUAAAAAAGCUGUCCUAAAGCUCAAAUAAGUACCCUAGAAAUAUUAUAGCUUUUCAACCAUUCCAGUUCAUUUUGGUGCUCCUGGUUAAUGCAGAAGUGCGUCAAAAAAGCCGCAAAGUUAUCGCUCGCCGUGUUCGUUGUUUUUCCGUUUACUUUCAGGAAAACUUUAUUCUGAAGACUUUAGGCAUUUCCGAAACGUCUAGUGACACCAAAAUUCGCAGGAACAGUGUUAUCAAUUACCUAUGUUGGGACACACCUGCUUUCACAAGAAAAUCAAUCACAUUUGGAAUUCUGGUGGAAUCAGCUAAAUAAUUGUUAAAAUUAACAAUUUUUCAAUCAAACCUUUAUGCUAAACACUGUCGAAUGCUUUUCUAUGUACAGAAGAGCAUCUCCAUUUGAAUAACCUUCAGAUUUAUUAGCUCGUAUCAUCAUAAACCAGCGUGUCGAAAACCUGGAAAAGCAGGGAAUGUCAGGGAUUUUUGACGUUGGACUAACGUCUAUAUCGAAGUUAGGCACCUGAAUUGAAAAAUCUAGUAAUUCAACCGGGGAAAACCAGGGAAAAGUGGUCAGGUUUUGAGCGCUUAUAUAUCAGUCAUUUCUUUUCAGAAUUUCGAGGUUUUGGCAUCAACCGAUCAGAAAUUCUUUUACGGUUGAAUUUAUGUAACAAAAAUAACCUAUUGUUCGAGAUACACUAUUGAAAAAUUGAUAAAUCACAUCGAUUGUCUAAAUCAUACCGAGCAACCAAUCACCACCUCUCUUCACAAGCACAGUCGACACUAACGGAUACAACCGAUCUGACUUUGUAAACAGUCUCGCAGCUUUCAACCAAUAACGAGCUCGCUUUCGGUAGCUGCAACAGGUGUUUCAACACCGUUUUAAAAUGCUUCUUUUAUCAUUACCACUGAACAGAUUCUAAACACCAAUGGCUUGAUUGAUAGGGGAAAUAUUGCGCAAGAUUGUCAUAUAAUAAUUUAAAUAUGUUUUUGAUACUAAACUAGUUAAAAGUUGUGUUAAAAGUCGUGCACAUUCAACCAAUCACAAGCUCGCUUCUUGUUUGCUCGCGGAUGGAUUUUUGCUUUGGGCUAUAUAAUAGCCUGUGUCGUCUCAUAGCAAGUGGAAGGCCUCAUCAGUUAACAAGUGGAAGGCCACCAGGCCGGUCUUGUAUAAUCAGCAGUGGUGGCUGAUUCCAGCGGCCAAACUGAGCUGCAGCAGAACCAGAGCGGUAGUAUCAGGCAGCAGCGGCGGAGGUAGUGGGCAGCUGCAUUUCUUCAUUCAGUUCGGUUCUCCUUCGAUCUGAGUUGGACCCCACCAGCGGUAAUCCAAUUCAGAUAUCGUUGGGUGAAAACUGCACGAAACUGCCAGAACUGCCAGAAACUGCACGAGCCAGCACUGCCACUAGGAAAGCUACCGCCAUUUAGUGUGUGUGCAGUGUGCACAUAUAGCGUAUGUGCAUCUGUAUUGCUAUGACAUUUGCGAUGAUAGGGAUGGCGCUGUUGCGUGUGUAUGGCUAGCUAUAGCGUGUGUAAGACACUAGCAUGUGUAGCAUAUUAUGGCUAUUGCGUGUAUAUCUUCAGCGUGUGUACGGAUAGUUAUAGCUUGUGUGUGGAUAGCUGCUGCGUGUGUAAUGAUUAGUUAUAGCGUAUGUAUGGAUAGUAAUAGCACAUGGUUGGAUAGCUUAUGCGUGUGUAUAGAUAGUUGUAUCGGAUGUAUGGAAAGGAAUAGCGUGUGUAUGGAUAGCUUCGGCAUGUGUGUAUAAAAAACUAUAGCUACAGCGUGUGUAUGAAUAGUUUUAACGCGUGUUUAGAUAGUUAUAGCAUGUGUGUGAAUAACUAUAGCGGGUGUUUAUCGAAGAUUAUUAUUGUCAUUGAAAAUAUUAAAAUGUCUUAGCGAACACAGUUGUGAAUUUGAUUUUACAGCAGCGUUUUAACUUCUUCAGCCAGUCCUAAUUCAUCGAGGAAAAAUUACUACCUAUGAAUGAUCAACACUUAUUUACUAGAAAUUUGAUUUAGAUCAAAACGGGUUCUUUUGAGUAUCAUAAAUCAUUGGUAAAAAGAGUUGCAAGCUUUCUCAAUGAGCAUUCAUUAAAUUUUCGUUUUUGUUUCUCGGUGCGCGGUUUUGAUUUUGUUUCUCGCACACAGAGAAAGAAACAAACUUGUCGCUAUCGUGAAAAAUAACAAAACAAUUAGAAAUGCUCUAAAUCACAACUGAAGAAGUUAAGAUAUUAUCCUGUCACUCGCCCAAACCUUGAUAACAACUACCGAAAAACGUGUGAUUGAGCUCUUGCUAUAUUGAGUUAUUGAACCAAACGUUUUUGUUUUUCAAAUACAUGAAGUUAUAUGCUGGGCUGGAACUAACCUAGCAUGAGUUUUAUCGAUUAAAUGUCAAACAAUUUUCAAAUUUAAAAUUUUCGUUUGAAUCGUUCUGGGCUCCAAUUUCAGAUAGUUUCGUAAAGUUUGCUUUUUGCUUAGAUAGGAAAAUUUUACCAAUUCGCUCAAUUAAAUGAUUGUCUUGGUAGUGCAGCAAACAAAGGGUUGAUUCGAAUAUGUAUGAAAUGACAGCGAUUAAAUAAAAGAUAUCCAUUCUUUUAGUAUAUAUUAUUAUUUAUAACGUUUUAACGUCUCAGCAUUCAGAAAUGCGCUGUUAGAUAAAAUUGCAGCAAAUACUAGAGUUGCAAUUCUCUCUAUUAUUUGUUUUAAUGGAAUAUAAGAAUACCGUAGUCCAACGUCAUGCGGUCGUGUCUUGAAUACCACCCUCCUACUUUUUUUUUUGCUCAGGGAAAUCAGGGAAUAUCAGGGCAAACUAGAAAAUAUUCAGGAAAAAUUUUUUAACCUUUCUUUUUUAAACGACCGAUUCUUUUUUAAACGACUUUUUAGCACAAAAACUUUUUUUUUUCAGCAUAAAAGGCUGGUUCAAGAACUCUACGGUUCGGUUUCGUAUCCAAUAUCCAAUUAAAAAUUAAAAAUAAUUGAUAACACUGAUCGACAAAAAGGGAAAAAAUACUCCAGAGCUCAAACUGAAAAAAAAAAAAAUAAAGACUAUAGACUAUCCCCUAGACAUUUCCCGUAAGUAAACCGAAAAGGACGUUUGUUACUUGCAUUUAAAUGAAUGUUGAAAAAUAACACUUUAUCAUUAUUAUUGAUUAUUUGGCUUGCCUGUUGACUACACUCUCUCUGGACUUGUUUGGCACUAAAUUGAGCAUAUCCAGCUUUUUACGCGCUAUAAUGGCGGACGCUAUAAUGCAAAGUUCGUAAAAAAUUACCCACCCUUUUGACAACUCUGCUUACGUCAGUUUGAAGUCUUCAUACAAUUUAUCAAAGAAAAAUAUUUCUGGCAACUUUGUGUUGCCAAUUUUUCAGAAAUAGCAAAUCUGACGUAAGCAGAGAGGUUCGCAUAUUACGAACACGCAUUAUAGCGACCGCCAUUAUGGUGCGUAAAAAGCUGGAUACGCUGUCGAAAAAAAAUAUCAACACAAACGGGUUGAACUUUUUUUUCUCUUCCCCUUCCAAUUUGCAACAUGGGGUGGUGACAUAGAAUGAAAAUAAAAUUUGUGCCGGCCUUACCGGUGAGAAUUUUAGCAGCAUCCAGUUAAAGCCUGUUCCUUAGUUUUGUGAUUUAGGUGGGAAACCCUAUGACAGUCGUAAACUAAAUCAGUUUAAAAAAAAAUUUGAAUAGUCAGGGAAAAAAAUGAAACAUCAGGGAAAAUCAGGGAAUUUAUUUUUUAAAAUUGAGUCGCCACCCUGAAUGCGGAACCUGUACUGUUUGGUUUCAUAUCCGAUCGAAUACUUUUUCCACUGGGGUUUCAAAGUUGCGUCAUUUUGUGCCAAAUACUGAAAAAAAUCAAAUCAAGAAAGUUGAUGAUCUAAAAUUAACGAAUUAAAUUCUGGAGAAAUUUUCACCGCCGUCCUAGUUGAAAGUCGAACACAGCAUCGAAAACAUGUACACUGUGACCGCUAUGCUUGAGUGGUUUUGACUAUGUAAAUUCAAAUUUUUUUGUUCACUGUUAUAGUAUUUUCGAUCAAGAGCAAAAUAACAAUUAUCACUAAUCACUAAAUCACUAAACAUAAUCACUAAAAAAUUGUUAUUGUUAAAAUUACCAUGAACUGCCAGUUGAUUUUUCUCCGUGUAGUGACGAGUACCGAUACCAGAAUACUCGAUACCUUUGGUCUGAGUAUCGAGACUGUUACUACGAUACAAGUAUCGCCCAUUCAGACCGGUCGUUUCAAUGUUUUGCUCUCUUGGAAUAUUUUAUGCAUCGGCUGUUAGUUUUUGUGUAAAUUCUUAUAACUGGAGCUGUAAAUGAUGGCAUCGCAAAGCGAAUGUAUUAUCUGCUUAGAACAGAUAUCUGAUUCAUCGGCAGAUGAAACACGGCAGCUACUAUGUUUCCACCGUUUCCAUACUCAAUGUAUAACUCGAUGGCUAGCGGUGAGCAACAAGUGCCCUGUGUGUCGGCUUGCUGCCUCGGAAACGUUUACUGGAAAUAUUCCGGAAGGGGACGCAGCUUGGGAUAUUUCGGAUGAUGAAUAUGAUUCUGAGUACGAUGAUUUUUUCAUCAGUAUAUUGAAUGGAGCAGAAUCGGAUUUGACCGAUGAUGAAAUUCUUGAGGUUUCUGAGAAUCAUAUCGAGACCGAUACCAGUGAUGAAUAUGGCAAUUCGAAUUCGGAUGUCAAUGAAGCUGACGAUGACAAUUUGAUCUCCGAUGCCCGUGAAGCUGACGAAGACAAUUUGAUCUCCGAUGUCAGUGAAGCUGACGAUGCCGAUUCCUUCGCGGAAGACUUCGAUAUUGAAGAGCAGGAUGACCAGGAUAUCGAUGUUGAUAGCGAAGUGGAAAUCGACGAUGAUCUCGCCUUUCAAUAUCACUACGAUGAAAAUGAAGAGUGUGAAAUGCCCGAUUAUCUGGAAUGUCAGGACGAGGAUUGGUGUUGGUGAUUAGUGCCCAGUAGCGUGGAAUGAUUGUUGUUAUACGUUCAGAAUGUAUUUCUAAAUGCAAGUUACAAAUGAAAUGUAAAUAUAAUCAUACGGUUGAUCAAUACGUGCAAUAUAUGGAAUCCAAAUCCGAUUAUUAAAUCGGAGAUGUUCGUUUUGGCGUUCACAUCUGGAAUGAAUAUUAUUAGUACGAAAAAUUUAUCGUAAAGAGCAAACAAAAAAAACCAACAUUACUGAGAUGUUGGAAUGUUUUCUUUCUAUCGCUCGAUCACCAUGCAGUUUUGGGUGCGUCCGUUUCGAUGAGGCAUUGCGUGGCACGAUUAUUCCAGUGUCGAUGUUGAUCUGCCCAACCUCACAUAAGCUUCUCGAAUGGGUUUUGGCGAUACAAACGACCGCCGAUGCAUGCCGUAAGUGCGACUAAUCCAUAAUAUUUCGCAUUCACAAACAAGGUUAUCCUUUCAUGCCCCAAAAUAGAUGUGGAAACAAACGCUGCCAAUGGAACUGAAUGACUAUUGCUUGCAUGGAUCUACCUCCAAUAUCGCAUCCUCAUGGUUUCGUGCGAUUCGGAUUAUAACGAGAGUUGGGAUGCUCAAUUUUUUUUUCUUUUGAAUAAUUAUUGUUUAAUCUAAAUUCGAAAAAGAAUGCAGUAAUUCUUCGAAAAUAUCGUACAAAAGCGUUGAAAAAAAAAACACAAAAGUGUUAACAUAUUUUAAAAUAUGACCAUCUCUGAUAGUCAAUCGCACGUGUGUUUUGCACCGAAAAUUCAAACAAUGAAAGCGAAAAUAACGCUUUGCGUUCGCCCGUAAGCACGCAACUGCAUUCCGUCCAGCACACAACGUGGUAGAUUGGUCGCAUCGUGAUUUCGGCAGUAAAUAUUAGGCAUUCGCAUUGGCAACGCAAACGAUGAUCGCUUGUGUAUUGCGAGGGCGCGAAAACGAGUGGCGCAUCCGAGGGCAGCGUCGUCAGUUCAAUGGUAGCUGCUGGCCAGCGAUCCUCGGCUCUUUGACUCUUCGAAAAUGGCGACUGGCCCAGACGAGUCGUUCGCUGGCGAACGAUCGCCUAGCCCAGUUGAUGAACAGCAGAAACAGCCUGGGAAGCUAGUCUGGAUAUCGCUACCGUUCGAGUGGCUUGGUCAAAUUGGACGACUU